AUGGCGUCGUCCCAGACGCUGGGGGAGGGCCUGAUUCCAAUCAUCAACAAGCUUCAGGACAUUUUCAGCCAGGUGACGCUGGACUUCAAACUUGAUUUGCCUCAGAUUGCGGUUGUUGGCAGUCAGAGCAGCGGCAAAUCGAGUGUGCUGGAGGCGCUGGUUGGGCGUGACUUCCUUCCCCGUGGCCCUGAUAUAUGCACACGGAGACCACUUGUUCUGCAAUUGGUGAAGACCACCGAGAACUCAGGCGAAGAUGGCGCUGAAUGGGGGGAAUUUCUGCACGCGAAAGGAAAGAAAUUCUAUGACUUCGAACGCAUCAGAGAUGAGAUUGCAGCUGAAACUGACAGAGUGGUGGGAGAAAACAAGGCCGUGUCUGAUAAGCCUAUACGCCUCAAGAUCUGCAGCCCAGAUGUACUGACCAUGACGCUGGUGGACCUGCCAGGCAUUACCCGUGUGCCAGUGGGUGAUCAACCAUCUGAUAUUGAGACCCGCAUCAGGGAUAUGAUUCUGGAAUAUGUGAGGCAUCCAACAUGCAUCAUAUUGGGUGUGACUGCUGCAAAUGUGGACUUGGCGAAUUCCGAUGCUCUCAGCAUGGCACGUUCUGUUGAUCCUGAGGGUGUGAGGACCAUAGGUGUGCUCACAAAAUUGGACAUCAUGGACAGGGGGACGAAUGCUGUUGCUGUGUUGAAGAAUCAAGUGGUUCCCUUGCGACUGGGUUAUGUGGCUAUUGUUAACCGAAGCCAGGAUGACAUCAACAAAAAGAAAGCCAUGUCUGCUGCCCGCAGAAAUGAAGAAGACUUCUUUCGCAGCCAUCUUGAAUAUCGAGAAGCAGCAUCCCAAACAGGUGUCCCGAAUCUGGCACAGAGGUUAAACAGCAUAUUGGUGGCACACAUUCAAAGCAUGCUUCCUGGGCUUAGGCGGCAGAUUACACAUGAAAUUGAGAAGAGAAAUGCGGAACUCCGGGACUAUGGUGAUGCGCCACCAACAGACUCAGCAACAGCAAGGGGUGCCGUGCUGUUAGGUCUGUUGAGCGAGUAUUGUCAGCGUUUUGCAUCCAUGUUAGAUGGACGCAGCGAAAACGUACUGGUGGGCCUGGCCGGCGGUGCCAAGAUCCGUGACAUUUUCCAGAAUCAGUUUGUGAGGCAGCUGGGGGAGAUGGAAUGGAGGAGCGACUUGACCACAGACCUCAUCCGCACCACUAUCAGAAACAGCUCUGGCGUGUCUGGCUCCUUGCUCAUCCCCCAAGAGCCUUUUGAGCUCUUGGUGCGCCGAUCAAUAAAGCGGUUGCUGGAGCCGGCCCUGCGCUGCAAAGACGCAGUGCAGAAUGAGUUGCUGAGGCUGGCAGCAGAUUGUUCACCACAAGAGCUGUGCCGAUUCUCUGCACUGCAGCGCGGCCUGUCUAUUGCAGUGGGAGACUACAUACGUGGGGGUGGGGAGCCUGCUGACCAGAUGAUUCGCAGCCUCAUUGACUGCGAGCAUGAUUACAUCAACUACGACCAUCCAGAUUUCAUUGGGGGUAAGAGUGCAGUUGCUGCAGUUCUUGCUGACAAGAAAAUGCGUGCUGGAAAGAGGGCGGAAGCUGCAAAACAGCAGGUGGAUGGUACUGCUGAACAGCCAGCUCGGAAUCAACGAAACAACACAGAGAAUCGCCCGCAGCCCACUGUCCGUAAUGCAAGAGGUCCCAGAACAGAAACCAUUGGCAGCACUGCAAUGGUUGGACUGAAGGGUAUCCAGGACACGGGAGGGAGCUUGUCGCAGGCAUCGCGGACUGAAUCAGCUGGCCGGACAGAAUAUGAUGGCGAUGGGGCGCCGGGGGGUGGUUGGUUCAGCUCGCUAUUUGCAGGUCGGCCUGAAGCACCACAGUUACCCCCUGCGGACCCACCAUCCUCGUCAUCGUCGCCAAACCCCCUGCCAACCGAAAACAGCGACACGUAUCGGCAGAUUGACAUCGCUGUUGAUAUCACAAGGAAAUUGGUGGACAACUACAUGAACCUGGUGCAGAGCAACAUAAGCGACUUGGUGCCAAAGAUCAUCAUGCACUUUCUGGUUCAUCGCUCGCAGCGAGGACUGCAGCAGCAUCUCAUUGGGAAGCUGUACAAGGAGGAACUAUUUGAUGAGCUUGUGAGUGAACGUGAAGACGUAAUGAAGAAACGCCAGAACUGCCAGACUGCCUUGCGAGCCCUCAACGAGGCUCUGCACACCCUUGAUGCCAUGCCUCAGGAGCUUGCAGAGCAGCAGUUCCCGUCCUUUUGUUGGCAGAGCUCUGGCUUCGGAGAUCCAAUUGACAACUUGAAGACAUCGACAGGUGGACAUCGGCGAUUCACUGCAGGAGACCGGCAUCCGUCCAUGGCGAGAGCAGCCCACGCCACACAGAAGGCAUUGCAGCACACAGCGCUCAGAUCAAGUGAUGGGAAGUCGAACCCGUUCGAGUUCCCCUCUUGA